UUUAUAUCGAUUAACUAUCACUGAUUUUCGUCUGUUUUCAAGAGGAAUGCUUACGCCGCUUGAAGUUCAGAAUAUGUAUUAUCCAAUAAGACAUCUCACGCCCCUUUAAAUCGAUUUUGAGAGCUGAGGAAACCACAUGGAUGAGUUCUUGUUAUCUGACUGCCAAGUGUUUAAAACAGUGGCAGAUUUGUCAAACACGUGUUUGACAUAAAAUAAAACUUUCGAGGCCUGGCAUCCGAUUGCUGAUUUUAUUCAGGACUCUCAGGAACACAUUAACCGAUACAUUGAUCAGAUAUAUAGCCUGAGGGACAAGUAAUGACAAGGGAAGCAAUUCUUAUACCUUUUCUUUUUGCUUUUGGAUAUUCUGCAUCGAAUGCUUCUCCUAUACUGUUUGAUUCAACACCAGAAAACAUCAGUGGAAUAGCUGGAACAACAGCCAUUUUGCCGUGUACUGCCGACCUUACGGAUGCAGACUCCAAAAGAGAGAUAACAUGGAUGAGUCCAAGGGAAGUCCUUAUAGCCAUUGGUGAUAGACGCAUAAUAGACGAUACACGAAUGUCAAUCGAACGCCCUCGUGUGCCAGAUUGGAACCUUCAUAUACGUGAAUUGCAGUUUUAUGAUAGAGGAACAUACACCUGUUCACUCAAUACAAAGCCAAUGAGCAUGAAAAAAAUUCAUUUAGAAGUAUAUGUAGAACCACAGAUUUAUGAAAAAACACGUAAUACUCACCAGAUUUUAAAGGAAGGAGCAACCGCUAACCUCACUUGUAAUGCCACUGGGUAUCCAGAACCAACAAUCACGUGGUAUAGAAAAUCUAUCUCAGAGAAAGAAGCAAUAAGUCAACAAGGUGCAUUCUUAAUGAUACACAACAUCACACGUUACUGCAGUGGGGCGUAUGAAUGCGAAGCGUUUAACGGAAUAGGACCAGCAGUCUCUAAAGUGUUUUCUGUCAACGUACAUUUUCAACCAGAAGUGCAAGUAUUGAAUAAAAAACAAAAGCAAGACCUUGGGAAGGAAACUAUAUUACAGUGUGAAAUAUCAGCAUCGCCUCAAGCUAUAGUAAACUGGAGAAAGGGAGAAGACGUUUUCACAGCCAACAGCUUCCACAGAAUAACGUCAGAGAUUUAUGAAAAGGAUAUUUACACCACUAUUCUUCUUCUCCGAAUCCAGAAUCUAACGUGGAAUGAUUUUGGAGAGUACGUUUGCGAAGCCAGUAAUAUUCUCGGAAGAGAUCUAGAAAGAAUGCAACUCUUUCCAAUAAAUGGUAUUCAAGUUUCACCAAAGGCAGCCAAAGAUGACAAAAGUGAUUCAAAGACGAUAAUAUUCGACUUUAGCUCGAGUUCCACCAGUCAUCAGAAGUCAGCGCCUUCUCCUGGAGAACAGAUCCUUGUUAAAUCCCCAAAUUCAAAACCAUAUGGAAUAGUACACGAUUCCUCAAAUAGUUCAUCAGAAGCAGAUGCGAUGUUCCAUAUUUUUGAAUGUUUAUUUUUAAUUGUUCUAGUUCUAAUAUGUCAGAUGAUUUCAUCUAGCUGUUAGCAAAUUUCAUCAAGAAAACGAGCGGACGUUGACAUUUCAUAUUUAUCAUGUGUUAAUCAUUUUUGACAAUUCAUCAUGUGUGAUAAAAUUGAGGGUUUCUGUAUAUACUGUAAAUAAGUAUUUUAAUAAACUUGUUUUAAAUUGUAAA